AUGGCACUGCAACUAAUGUACAAGUUUAGAAUCGAUGGGGGGAAAGUUCAGCAAAUGAACAAACGAUUUUUGAGCAAUCAAUAUAAGAAUAGAACAUUCGAUGAGAGUGAAAAGUCCUUCUUCGAUAAACUACACAACGAGUGGUGGAAUGACAAAGCAGAAGAAAAGCAAACUUGGUAUGAUAUUUUGAACAAAAUUGUGGGAAAAAAUAUUCACAGUUUGCAUGACUAUAAUAAACAUAGAUUUAACUUUAUAUGUAAAAAUUAUGAAUUCAUUUUUUUUGAAAAAUUGAAAGAAAGAAGAGAAAGUAAAGAAAAAGGAAAAGAAAUAAAAAUAAACAUUUUAGAUGUUGGUUGUGGAGGAGGUAUAUUGUGUGAAUAUAUGAAAAGGAAUUUUUUUUAUUUCUUGCUGAAAAGUGAUAUGAUAAAUGGAGAGUGGUCAAGGGGGUACAGUGAACACGAAAAUAAAAAAACAUCCAUGAAUACUGUGGAGAUAAAUAUCCAUGGAAUAGAUAUAUCUAAGAAAUUAAUAGAAGUCGCAAAUAAGAGACAAGAACAUGAGGUAGAGGAAAUACAGAAAUUGUACAACAAAGGAGAGGAGGGAGAAUACACGGGAACUUAUUACAAUAGCGAAGGAGCAUUCUUCAAUGCUGAAAAGACAAAGAAUAUACUUGCUGAGAAAUUGGAGGAGAGGGGGGGAAAAAUUAAUUCGAGAUGUAAUAAAAUAGCGUGGAAGAGAAAUAAUAAUUGGAAUGUACGUAUCAAUCUGAGAUACCAAAAUUGUGAUAUAGCUGAUUUGGUAAAUUCAAGUGAUGAGGACAGAAAAAAAUACGACAUAAUAAUUUCUUCCGAAGUUAUUGAACAUGUACCCAAUGAGAAAAAAGAAAAAUAUGUAAAAUACAUUAGUCAGCUCUGUAACCCUAUGGCAUUAGUUGUGUUUACGAGUAUUAAUAAAAAUAUUUUUUCCUAUAUAUAUACCAUUUUGUUAGCUGAGUAUAUAACUGGCAUUAUGAAAAAGGGCACACAUGAGUACGAUAAAUUCAUAGAAACGGAAGAGUUAAAUGACCUUUGUUCGCUUUUUAACAUAAAAAAUAUAAUUACAGAAUAUGUAAUUUAUAUCCCCUUUAUCAGGGAUUAUUUCCUCACCCGCAGGAUGAAGCUCCUAUUUUUAUCGUCUUUUGUUUAUAGAGGAGUGGAAAAAGGAGACACACAUUCUGUGGGCAAAAUUGGGAGAAGAGCCAGUUAUAUUGAACGUUAA